CUGAGGGGGACACGCCCUCCUACUUCACCCCUGGCAAAAAGUCACUAUAGAGUAGUCUCAGUCGUUCAUCAAUUGUGCCUUUUCAUUGGAGAGUUUUCUUCUAUUGAGAGGGCAGAAUCUCCAUGCGGUGUUCUUUCUGGAACAGGGCGUUUUAGCAGAUUUUACCUUCGACAGGAGGGAAAAUGUGGCAGCCCCAAGUUCCUGCACUUCUGCUCUUGGACUUGGGGAGCAAGGAUGCUGAGAAGCCUCAUCUCUCUGGGGAGGGUCCUUGGGAAGAUGAGUGUAAGUAAGGGAUGCAGGGAGCAGGCUGCUGGGCCCCCAGGAGAGGAAGGGUGGGCCCUCUGGCUCCCUCUAAGACCUCUUGCCCAUCCCUGGCCUGGAUGACCGUAAAUCAGGAAGCUGUGAGAACCUGGAACAUGUAAAACCUGAGCUGCUGACUCAGCAAGAGUUAGAGACCAUUUGCACACUAUUGCUGGGGUGACUGAGCUCUGUGUGGCUUGAUGUUAACAAGGGCAGCCCCUCUUCCCGACCCACACCUCCUAUAUCUCUCCUUCCGCUGCCCCCCACGCUUGCCUGAGCACUUACUGUUUUUCAGACCUGUAAUGACCACCUUUCUCUGUUCCUCAUAUUAAGCCCCAGGAACUUAAAGAUGAAGCGAGGCUGUAGCUCCUUGGAAAGUCAGGCCUGUGGCUUGCAGGUGGGUCGGUGUUUGGAGAGCAUCACCCAAAGAUAAGCCCAUCAGUGCUCCCAAUUUGGACAGAGGAACCCCCCCCCCCCCCAAACUAGAUCCAUCUUGCUGUGCCUGUUUGCAUGACCUAUUUCUCUGGCUACAAACAGCUAGCAUUACCUGUUCUAAACAUCUGGAAUUACCUGCCUGCUUAGUCACCUUCCCUCUGGCUUCAAACAGCUGCAGGGCCCCACCCCCUCUCCACCUCCUGUCCAUCUAGGGUCCCUCCCUCCCUUUUUUCUUCCUGGAAGGAUCUGGAGGUACCAGAUCCACAAGUUCCGAUGCCUUUAAAAGGAUCAGCCUGGGAAAUAAGGCUCAUUUGAGAGCUGUGACGUUCACCUUGACUCUAGUGAAAGUCCAAACAGCCAGUCCCCUUUUGGCCUCCAACCGGGCACCAUGAGGGCCUGCGUGCCCUUGAUAGUGGCCAUGCUCUGCAGCCUGGCCUGGGCUGGCUUCUCUUGAAAAACUAGAGGCUCUGGCAACACCGAGCCUGCGUCCCGACAUGGCAGCAAGUGACUGGAGCUGAGAGUGGCUGCCAAUUUCAGGCAGAGCAUCCCUGCCAAGAAAAAUGGAGUCAUGUGCGUCUCGCUGUAAUGAGAAAUUUAACCGGGAUGCUGCUUGCCACUGUGACCGCCGGUGUCCCCGGCACGGGGACUGCUGUGAAGACUAUGACCAGCUGUGUACCGUGGAAGAGGACCCCAACGAGCCAGAGCCAUUCCUGGAGCUGGAGGAAGAGACAGAGGCCCCAGUGAGCCACUUGUACUCGGCGCCCAGCUCCUGCCGGGACCGCUGCCAGGAGGCCUUCGACAGGCACCAACCAUGCCACUGUGAUGCCCGCUGCCCAGAGUUUGGGAACUGCUGCAAGGAUUUCGAGAGCCUGUGUGGCCACGAAGGCUUCUCCUACAGCAGUGACGCCAUAACCAAGGAGGAACUGCAGAGCAUCUCUGAGAAGAUCUACAGGGCAGACACCAACAAAGCCCAGAAGGAAGAUGUCAUUAUUAACAGCCAAAACCGCAUCUCGCCCUCGGAGACCAGAGACCAAGUGGACUGCUGCCCAGAGCCGCUCUUCACAUAUGUCAACGAGAAGCUGUUUUCCAAGCCGACCUACGCCACCUUCAUCAACCUCCUCAACAACUACCAGCGGGCCACGGGCCGUGGGGAGCACUUCAGUGCCCAGCAGCUGGCCGAGCAGGAUGCCUUCCUCAGAGAGGUCAUGAAGACCGCGGUCAUGAAGGAACUCUAUGCCUUCCUCCAUCACCAGAACCGCUACAGCUCGGAACAAGAGUUUGUCAGUGACUUGAAGAACAUGUGGUUUGGGCUCUAUUCAAGAGGCAAUGGAGAGGAAGACUCAAGUGGCUUUGAACAUGUCUUCUCAGGUGAAGUCAAAAAAGGCAAAGUCACUGGCUUCCAUAACUGGAUCCGCUUCUACAUGCAAGAGAAGGAGGGCCUGGUCGACUAUUACAGUCACAUCUAUGACGGCCCUUGGGAUUCUUACCCCGACGUGUUAGCCAUGCAGUUCAACUGGGACGGCUACUACAAGGAAGUGGGCUCAGCCUUCAUCGGCAGCAGCCCUGAGUUUGAGUUUGCGCUCUACUCCCUGUGCUUCAUUGCCAGGCCCGGCAAAGUGUGCCAGUUAAGCCUGGGUGGAUACCCCUUGGCCAUCCAGACCUAUACGUGGGACAAGUCCACCUAUGGAAAUGGCAAGAAAUACGUCGCCACAGCCUAUGUGGUAUCUUCCACCCAAUAGAGCUUGGAACCAGACAGGGGCAUGAGGACAGUGGGAGCUCUGGCAAGACUCAGGUGCUAUCUGCUCUGGGCUGGAGGAGGAUGGGGAAGACUGGAGGGGGGAUUCCCAAGUCUAAAAAUGCCCUUAUGGGAAAGAGGGAAAAGAAACAAGUAAGAAAAAUGCAGAGAAACCGUCAAA